AGGACAUUCGUUUUCAAAAAAGAAGGAAAAAAAAAAAUAGGACAUUCGUCUAAAAUCUUGUAAACCAAAACCCAACUUCAACCGUUGAACGAACGCCAUCGACCAAUCAAUCGCUCGAGAAAACGUGAAUCGAAAGCACUCCGCAUCGUCGGAGUGGUGACGAGCGAGGUAACAGAGAUGGCCGACGAGAAUGUCAAGGCGGAGGCUCUGCAGAUUAUAGGAAUGUUCCAAGUUCUUCCAAAAUUGGUGGUCUUCGACCUCGAUUACACUCUCUGGCCAUUCUAUUGUGAAUGCCGCUCCAAACGUGAUAUGCCAUCUCUGUAUCCUCAUGCCACAGGCAUAUUAUAUGCACUUAAAGACAAGGGAAUUGACCUUGCAAUUGCUUCUAGAUCACCAACAUCUGAUAUUGCCAAGACGUUUAUUGACAAAUUGGGCAUCAAGUCCAUGUUCGUAGCUCAGGAGAUUUUUUCCAGUUGGACGCACAAAACAGAUCAUUUUCAGAGAAUUCAUUCGAGGACAAAUGUACCAUUCAAAUGUAUGCUCUUCUUUGAUGACGAGGAUCGGAACAUUGAAACUGUUUCAAAAAUGGGAGUAACUAGUAUUCUAGUUGACAACGGAGUAAAUCUUGGCGCGCUGAGGCAAGGACUCUCGGAAUACUCCCAGAAUGUGAAUAAAAUUGAGAAGAACAAGCAGAAAUGGAAAAAGUUCACUCAGAACUCAACUUCCUCGGAGAAAAAAUGAGUAGAAGAAUCGGCAGAGGAAAUUGGUUAUAUGAACUGUGAGUCUCUUGUAACUUUUCCCUGUAUUUGGAGGGAUCACUAUAUAAUUUCAGAUGCACUUGCUGUCAACUACCUUAAGAAUGUUCCCCUACAUGCAUAUUCAUACUCCUUAAAACAUCAAUCCAUGAGUUGGAUUCAUUUAAAGAAUUGAAGUAGAAUUCGGGUUAUGCCACCCCAUUUGUACCUUUUGUAACCUUGUUAGCUUGGAUUCGUCUUGUCAAGGUCGACCAUUUAUUUAGAAGCUGUGAUAGGGGAAAGAAGUAAUGAUGUUUUCUGGGUUAUAUCUAAAUGGUUGAAGUUAGACUGGUCUAUGCAUUUUUUCAUCGACUUCAAAUUGGAUAAA